AUGCAUGGCAUUGCCCACGCUAAAAUGAGCUACAAUCUCCUCCUCCUGGUUGUUGUCCUGGGCAUCGGUGGAGCUUCCCAAUAUGGAUUGCAGAUCUCCAUUAUCAAUUCUCCUGCUGAGUACAUCAAAAGCUUCAUCCAUGAGACCUGGCUGCAGAGAUAUGGCUCCUCCCCCAGUGAGGAGGUAAUUACUUUGAUGUGGUCCUUCGUGGUGUCCAUUUACAGCAUCGGUGGACUUCUAGGGUCCUUGUCUGCUGGCUAUUUGUCUGUUAGAUUUGGAAGGAAGAAGGCCAUGCUCUUUUCCAACAUCCCUGCUCUCCUGAGUGCAGCUCUGAUGGGACUCAGCCAGCUGUGUGGAUCCUUUGAGAUGAUCAUUGCUGGAAGAUUAUUUUCUGGAGUGUGUGGAGGCUUAGGUCUGAACAUCCACCUGAUGUAUGCUGGGGAAUGUGCCCCGCGUAAGCUCCGGGGGCUCACUGCCAUAACAGCUUCGACUGCCAUCGCUGUUGGGAAGUUUGCAGGGUUUGCUCUGGGGCUCAGGGAGGUUCUCGGAGUAGAUGAUCUCUGGCCUGUUCUCAUGGCAACCAACGCAAUCCCUGCCCUCCUUCAGCUUCUCACCCUCCCCUUCUUCCCAGACUCUCCCCGCUACCUGCUCAUUGACAAAAAAGACAAGGAGGCAUGCCUCAAAGCUGUGAAGCAGCUCUGGGGUGAUGGUGACCACAAGGCUGAAAUAGAUGACAUGGUGGCAGAGCAAGAAGCCAUCUGUGGGGAGGAAGCUAAGAGUGUUUGUGACCUGAUUCGUGACAGAUCUGUCCGCUGGCAGCUCAUAACUCUCUUCCUUGUCUCCUCCUGCAUGCAGUUAAUUGGUGCCAACAUGGUUUACUUUUAUGCAUACAAUGUCUUCAUCAAGGCUGGAAUCCCCCCUGAUCAAACCCACUAUGUCUCCCUGGGAGUUGGGAUCACUGAGAUCCUCACCACAGUUCUGUGUGGUUUCCUGAUUGAGCGUGCAGGGAGGAAGACCCUGCUGUGGAGAAGCUACACAGUUAUGGCCUUGGCUUUAGGGCUCCUCACAGCCACGCUUUCACUACAGGAUUCCUUUUCCUGGGUACCAUACUGCUCUGUUGCACUCAUCUUUAUUUUCAUCAUGUGCUUUGGUGUUGGGCCAGCUGGAGUAUUAUGCCCCUUGCUCACAGAAAUAUUUAUUCAGUCAUACAGACCAGCUGCUUAUGUGUUUAAUGGCAUUGUAGGCUGGAUCCUACUCUUCAUCCUUGGAUUUGUGUUCCCUUUCAUUGUGGAAGGUCUUGGCAGUUUCUGUUUCAUCAUUUUCCUGACAUACUGCCUGUGCAUGGCUAUCUUUGUCUUCCUGGUGCUGCCAGAGACCAAAGGAAAGACCAUGCUGCAGGUCAUGGAGGAGUUCAACCACCUGAACUACCGUGGCAAGAAGCGACAGACAGCCCUACCGCAGAGGAAGUGCUCAGUGAUGGUCGUUACUAGGCUUUAA